AUGUUGAUAUUUAUGUCACCUCCCAACUCCUCACUGUUACUCUUUUUUCCUUCAUUCAUUCUUCCCCCGUUUCUUUUAACCUCCUCCCGAUAUAACUCACUAUCUUACCCAAUCUUCUUCUUCUUCUUCUUCUUCUUCUUCUUCUUCUUCUUCUUCUUCUUUCUCAAGAGAUCUUUCCUUUUAUAUUUAUAUAUACCAUCUUUCUCUCAUAUCUCUGUCUGUCUGUCUGUCUGUCUGUCUCUCUCUCUCUGUGCUAUAAUUAUCAACCAAAAAAAAAAACACCAAAUUCUUGCUAUUUUCUUUCUCUACUUAUUAUCUUCUUUCUUCUUCCAUCCAUCUACAUUUAUCCGUCAUUUCCUUUUAUGCCUUCCUGUCGAUCUUUCUUUCGAAAUGUUAUUUUAUAUGCGCCAAGCCGCCUUCUUUUUCUCUCUGCUUUUUAUACUAAAGUCAGCUGCUAGGCUGGUCUCUGAGCUCACAGCUCAACUCUGUCUGCUCAGUCACUCUGUCUGCGUCUGCCCAACUGCCACCGUCUCUUCCCUGUAA